GAUUGAUUUCUGAUACAUAGAUCUGCCCUAGCCAUGCCUGGUUGCUGGUUCUGCUUCAGUUACCUUGGUGCCUAAUGCAGCAGUAGUUGUUCAUUCAUUUAGUGACCAUGGAACAAGAAGGAGACGAACGAAAAGGAGAAAUCUGUAGUGGCAAAUACACUUACAAUCAUCAUUGCGACAAUGGGUUUGAUAUCCACGAAAUCUUUGUUAAGAGGAGCAGAUUCCGGGUCCUCUUGUCGUACAUUGGCAAGGUUUUCCUUCUUGCAACUGUCUGCCAACCAUUUCUGUCAAAGGAGGGGUUAUCCUCUGGUUCAGUGUGGAGUAUUAUCUUUGGAAUUCUUAUUGCCAAAUGUUUACAAUACAAACCUGUGAAGAAAGAAUCGGUAGUGAUAAUGCCAACCUUUGGAGUCCAGCUCGAAAUACAUUUUUGGAGUGGAAGAGCUCAUCGCCAUUUUGUGCCAAUUGGCAAGAUUCUGAAGCCAUUGCUGAAUGAGUGUGUGACGCCUGUGACCUGUUACUGGAGCUUGGCAUUGCUUGUGCGUGAUAAAGAGGAACUCAUGCUAGUUUUCCAGAAAUCUCACCCUCCUGUCAAAAUGUUGGUUCCUGUAUGGAAGGCUCUCUGCACAUUCCUAAACUCUGACUGCCAGACCAGUUCUGCAUUUUCUAAACCAAAUUAUUCGGAUACAUUACUGAUUUGGCCUUCAGUAUUAGUUGAUUGCAAUACUGAGAAAAUCUGCGACAAUUCAGCUAGGCAUAGCUAGGUACAUUUUAUUGCACUAUCUGGCGAGCUGUGAACGCACUAAUACAAGUGUUACAGCUUUAUUGGAAGGAAAUACUUGGGAAAUUUUUCACACUGAUGCACUCUACUUCACUUAACAGUAAACAAUCAAUAGUUUACCCCCAUUCAUGAUGUAAAUUAUGUGAUCUCAUUUGAUCAUUUCAUUGUAUGGUAACAUGGUAACAUACUAACAUUGUUCUGCUUUUACCAUUCAUGAUUGCUGUUCGUUUUGUUCUCACAAGCAUCUACCGGGAGAUGCAAAGUUUGGUUUAAACAAUGUUGUUUGUCUGCUAUGAUACAUAAAUGGGAAUACUUAAAGGGUACUCCUAUGAAGAUAGAAGUGCACAGACAAGCAUGUGAGGAGUCCCAUGCAGAGAUCCAAAUGCAGUCAAACAAACAAGAGCAUCGUGUGCACGUGCACACUCCAUUUCCCCAACCUUCUCAUUGAUUUCUUAAUUCAUAUUGCUGGUUAUUUACUACCUCUGUCCCCAUAAUAAGUGUAUUUUUAGAAGUCAAGUUUAUCUCACAAAGAGUAUAUUUGUCAAGUACUAGUCGUCUUAUCGAUCAUCCCAUAUUCAAACCUUCUCAUUUGGUUGGAAUGAGCUCAUCCCCUUUGAUUGUUCAAGCAGAUGAAUUUUGCAGCAACUUUGUGCUACAAAAGAACAUCUGGCAGUGUCUGAAACAGUGAAAUAACCCAUCACCUGUAAUUGGCUAGAAAGAACUUGGUGACAAUUAUUGAAUUUUGAAUUGUUGCAUUUGGUGAAUUCAAACAGGGAAACAAUAUUUACUAUCCCAGA